UUACAUAAAUAUAUCAAAACACAAACACAGACACACACAUAGGCACACACACACAUAUACGCGCGCACGCGCGCACACACACGCACACACACACACAUACAUUGAGAUAUAAUGUAUUAAUAUCAAUAAUACUUUUAAUAUCCUAUAUCGGUCUAUAAACACAACACUAUCUACCGUGGAAUACAGCUGAUAUCGAUGUGACUAGCUGCUCUUUUCAUUCAGUCCUCAUUCUGCUUUGGUUUACCAAUUUGAGGGAUUUCUGCUCAGAAAAAUGAGUGGACCGAACUUGUAUAACCAAGGUGGAAUCCCUUCUUCUAAAGGAGAGUCAAAUACUCGAGUAAAUAUGCACAUCCCUGCUCUCCGGAUUCAGUCGGAGACCCCACUGCCAACAAAUUGCAGUCAGACACCACCAGUCCUACAACCCAGUGAUAAAUCAGUGCAGUUGCCACCACUGAAAACAUCUCGCAGGAAUCCCAACUGCAGUAAAUUGAUCAACACUCCUAGAGAUCCAGUGCAAAAUAUACCCUGUACUGCACAGCAAACUAAAAACAUUUCUUAUAUUGUAUCCGGCUCCUUACAAUCAAAUUCUUGCUCCCGACUUAAUAAAAACAAUGGAGCUUUCUAUGGGCCUCAAUGUAUAAGUUUGAAUGUUCGACAAAGCAAUCCAAACAUCAGUUUUAAUGCUGUACGAUUAGAACCUCUCAACAAAAGCCUAAAUUCAAGUAGUUUGCCAUCAGGGCCUGUUUUUCAGAAUCACACACCAACUCUAAGUGAAAACUCAAGCAUUCGAUCAACACCAAGAGAUAAUAUGCUCUCACAGUCUUCAUCCCAAUAUUAUGGAAUUGGUGACCGAUCAAUAGGACUCACAACCCAAAGUAUUAUAAACAACAAUAGUAUUGUAGAUAAACAUAACUUUUUAGAAUCCUCUCUAUUUCAAGUUGACAAUAACCUAAGCAGCAACACCAACAACAACAAUGACAACAAUAGCAAUAAUAACAACAACAAAAUAGAAUCACAGUCAGCUAACUCCAGUUCUCAGAAUGCAAAUGAACUUCCUUUCACUGCCAACUUAUUAACAGGUAGUGACAAUCAACAAAUGCCAUGUGAAAGCUCAAAAUCCUUGUCUCCUUACUUUGUGGAGAAUUCUCCAACACCUUUCUCAUUUAAUAACAGUCCAAGACACUCUGCCAAUAUGAGCUCUCGUCUCUCUGGAAAGACAACCUCACCUUUAUCAAUAGAUGGGGUUGAACUUACAACUCUAAUCAGAACAUCACCUACUUCACUGGUAGCCUGCCUCAAUGGAUCACGGAUCUCAUCAGCAAGUUUUUCCCCUCAGCACAUUGGGCAUUUAUCAGCUCGGAGCUGUGGAACACCCAACUCAGGGUCAGGCUCAUCUGGUAGUCGUAACUUCAGCUAUACCCCACAAGGAAUAUCUUAUGGGAUAAAAAAGGAAAUUGAUUCAAACCUCGGUUUAAACAGCCUAGAGAAUUAUCUGUUACCUCUCUCAAGUGACAAUAAAGAUCUUUUCAUGAGGAACCAACUGGUUAUUCCUCAAGACCAAGUCGCUUAUGUAGAACAGAUGUAUAGCAAUCAGCGCAUGGCCACAUUGGACACUGAGCAGUUCUCAGUCCCUUUCUCAAGCAGCAACUUCAAUGAGCAGAUCAACAAUCAUAACAACAACAUGACAACAAACAUCAACAACAAUCCAAACAGUAAGCCCCCUGCUGAUAACCCAACCUCUGUAAGUACCAAUGACACAGGGACAAUCCCCACACGUCCACCUCCAUCUUAUGCACAAGCCCUACAUGAACAAAAACUCAAGCAACAAAUUGGGCUUCCAUUGACAUCUGCAGGCCUUCAACUUUCAUCAAACUUGACUGUAAAAGCAGAACAUUUUGAAGAUGGAGAAAAAAAACAAAUUUGCAAGUGGAUAGAUUGCAAUUUAUUGUUCACUGAGCAAGAUGAACUUGUGCGACACAUUGAAAAAGUGCACAUCGAUCAGAGGAAAGCUGAAGACUUUACAUGUUUCUGGCAGGGUUGCCAACGCAGAUUGAAACCUUUUAAUGCUAGAUACAAACUUUUGAUACACAUGAGGGUACAUUCAGGAGAGAAACCAAACAAAUGCACUUAUGAGGGUUGUAACAAAGCAUUUUCCAGACUGGAAAAUCUGAAAAUCCAUCUACGCUCCCACACCGGUGAAAAGCCAUACCUUUGUCAAUUCUCAGAAUGUCAAAAAGCUUUCAGUAAUUCUUCAGAUCGUGCAAAACAUCAGAGAACCCAUUUAGACACUAGGCCUUAUGCUUGUCAAGUUGUUGGCUGUACCAAGCGCUACACAGAUCCAAGCUCACUACGCAAACAUUUUAAGAACCACACACAGAAAGAUCAGCAGCAGCAGAGGAAGAAGAUUCGCAGUGGGAAGAAUGACUUCACCCCUGAUACACUGACUGACUGUAUUUCAAUUCAGUCACUUCGUCCAGAAGAUUCUAUGGAAACAGAUGGCAAUGGUACCUUGUCUGGAGCAGCUAAUGACAUUUAUCAAGGUUUGGGAUUCCCCAGCAAUCAUUCUAGUCAAAAUGGUCCUUGCACCAAUCUUAGUCAUCAGUCUCCCACAGGAAUCCAGGAAAGUCCACUGAGUACCAGCACCUUACCUUUCUUGGAGGAACAGACUGAAAACUUGAAUGGGUUUUCUCCUGUACCAACCUCUUCACUGGUUAGUCCAAGACAAAUUUUACCAUCAAUUACAUCAAGACCUGGUGCUAUGCAGUCAACUACUAACACACAACUUGAAACCAACUAUAAUUCUUCUUUCACUCCUGACCUGUCUUACCAGUCCAACAGCCAACAUUCUCAGAUGUAUCCUAUGGCUUUUCUACAAGGAUCACACAUGGCUGAUAACCAUGGUAACUAUGAUGAGAACAGUAAUGGCCUUUGCAUGUCGCGGAUGACUAGUGGUGCAGCCCUCUACCCAGGUGCAUCAUCAAUGAACUAUAAGAUGGGUACAAAUUUCCCAAAUGGCAUGCAGAAGAGCUUCCUUCAAAUCCCAACAUUUGAAGAAUUGAUGCCAACCAUUCCUCUAGAAGAUAUGCAAAAAGCCUUCUCAAAUUAUUCAGUUUAUGGUGAUCAACAGGCACUUGGUUCACGAGAAUUUGAUUCCUUUGGCCUGCCAUGCCUCACCACUGAAGAAAACCAAUUUCUACCUGUGGGUGUAGUCGACCGGUGUAGUAGCAGGCUAUCAGCUGUAUAUGCUGAGGGUUCAAUUUAAUAAGUACUACUGUUUGUUUAAUUGAUAGCCAACCAUGUUGACUUCUUUCCUUCACUGAUAGUGAAAAUGGUAAAAGGUCAACAGGACUCUUUUGGAGAUCUUUAUUGCAUUUUUUUUUUCCUUUUUUUUUUUAUUACCUGAAAUCAGGGUAAAUUUGAAUGAUGAACCAAUACAAUUCUAAACAAACUAUUUUCACACAACACAGUACACAAAAGAAAAUAAUAUACACACAUUGUAGAUUUUAAUGUUGGUUCACAAUUCCCAUUUUUGUAUAUGCAUUAUAUAAUGUGUGUGUGUAUAUAGGUAU